AUGGAAAAUAAAGUGAAAUUAAGUACUCAAGAUGGAGUGAUCAUCGAAGUUGACAAAGAGGUAGCAUGUAAAUCUCAUUUAAUCAACACUAUUAUUGAUGAUACAGGUAGUGAAGAGGAAAUUCCAUUACCAAAUGUUAAAAGCAGUAUCUUGAAUAAGGUGAUUGAAUACUGUAAUAUGCAUAGAAAUGAUUCACCUCCUGAAAUUGAAAAGCCUUUAAGAAGCAAUAAUUUGGCUGAUUGUGUAGAACAAAAAGAUGCUGAUUUUAUUAACAUACCUAAUUUAGAGGAACUAUUUGAUAUUAUUUUGGCUGCCAACUAUCUUGACAUUAAGUCUCUUCUAGACUUGUCUUGCGCCAAAGUUGCUACUUAUAUUAAAGGCAAAACCCCUGAGGAGAUUAGAAAAACAUUCAACAUCUAAAAUGACUUGACCCAAGAAGAAGAAUAACAAAUAAGAGAAGAAAACAAAUGGGCUGAGGAAACAAGUUGAUAUUUCUUCAUAAAAUAAAAUCAAAAUAUAUAAUAUUGAUCUUCAAA